AAUUUUUUGGGCGCGUUUGAGUAAUCGGGAACCGGAGGAUCGGAAAAAUGGGCAAUUUCGACGGCGAUUCUGGUACGGUUUUCGAGCAGAGCUACGCGACGACAAACGGAAAUGGAAAGGUGGCGAAUGGAAACGGGGCGGCGCACUUCAGUCCUCCGGAAAAGGAGGAACUUCUCGGCCAGCGAAAAUUCUCGGCACCCGCAUACACGGAAAUUCGCACGCGACGCUGCCAUGCAGCAAAGCCCACAGGCGACGCCAAGAGUCCCAGCUUGAUCAACUACCAUCCGGAGAAGAAGUCGAUGCCCAAUGGACAUGCCUCCUUCCAAAAUCAGGAUCAGGAGUCCAAGCCCAACCAGGCGGAGGGCAAACUCUCGCCGGAACUCGAGCACUUCCAGAAGACCUCCUUCGAGGAGGUGCCCCUGCACACGGCCUGCCUUACGUACCUGGGAUUCUACCUCUUGAUGAUCCUGGGCUACAUCAACCAGCUGCUCUUCGUUCCCAAAGUGGCCACCGAGAAGGGUCGAGAGGGUUAUGUGGGCUUGUACGAUGCCUUCGAGAGCUUCUACUCGCGGUAUGUUUACAGGCGGAUCAAGGAUUGCUGGAACCGACCGAUCUGCAGUGUUCCCGGGGAGGAGCUCACUCUGAAGGAUCGCGUGACCGAUGAUUAUGGCUGGAGUUUCAAGUUUACCGGAACGGAGACGCGCUGUUUGAAUCUGGGAUCCUACAAUUACCUGGGCUUUGCCGCCGCCACUGGACGAUGUGCUGAUGAUUCGGAGGAAAGUGCUCGGGAUGCUGGACUGGCCUACUGCAGCUCCCGCUGUGAGCUGGGUGACAACGAGCAGCUGCGAGAGCUAGAGGCCCAAACUGCCAGAUACUUUGGCGUGGAGGAUGCCAUUGUCUUCGGCAUGGGCUUCGCCACGAAUGCUUUGAACCUUCCCUCGCUCCUGGGACCAAAUAGUCUGGUGAUCAGUGACGAAAAGAACCAUGCCUCCAUCAUCCUGGGAUUGCGUUUGUCCGGAGCCACUACCAAGGUCUUCAAGCACAACAACGUGCGGGAUCUGGAGCGAGUCCUUCGCCAGGGCAUUUGCUAUGGAAAUCCCAAAAAAGGCGGCCAGCCAUGGGACAAGGUCUUGAUAUGUGUCGAGGGCAUCUUCAGCAUGGAAGGUUCAGUUGUCCGUUUACCCGAGAUCAUUGCUCUGAAAAAGAAAUACAAGGCCUACUUGUAUCUGGAUGAAGCUCACAGCGUUGGAGCCAUGGGUUCAAGAGGGCGAGGAGUCACUGAUUACUUUAAUGUGGAUCCCAAUGAGGUGGACAUUCUGAUGGGCACUUUCACAAAGAGUUUCGGCAGUGCCGGUGGCUAUCUGGCAGGUUCAAAGAAACUGAUCGACUUCCUCCGCACCAACAGCCACGCCCACUGCUAUGCUGCGUCCAUCUCGCCACCCAUAGCCCAGCAGAUCCUGACCUCCAUGAAGACCAUUAUGGGUGAGGAUGGCACCGAAAUUGGCCGCAAGAAGAUACACCAGCUUGCCAGGAACACGCGUUACUUCCGUCGACGACUGGCCCAGCUGGGAGUGAUCACAUAUGGUCACGAGGACUCCCCAGUGGUACCUAUGCUGGUCUACCUAUUUUCUAAAAUUGGCGCUGUGGUUCGCACCUUGACUACCCGGCACAUUGCUGCGGUGGGUGCUGGAUUCCCGGCCACGCCCAUUAUGGAAGGUCGCAUCCGUUUCUGCCUUUCCGCCGCCCACACCAAGGAGCAGCUGGACUUUGCCUUGGAGGCGAUAGACGAGAUCGCCGACGAUCUGGGCCUCAAGUAUUCACGCAAGCCACGCGAUCCGAAUCCCGUCGUUUACUAGACGCACAUUCGAAUGCACUUAGGAGUUAAGGUUGGGUUAGAAAGGUACCUUUCUUGAUCGCUAGACCAAAACUAAAGCACAGUCCAGAAAUCGCUAGAUCAAUCACGAACGUUUGGUUACGUUGACCGAGUUUCAGUUGCACUGGGCUUCUAAUUAUGACUAAUUCCCUGGGAAUUUCCCUUCAAAGGGAGCAUCAAUACCGCAACAGCAAGAGAAACAAAAACUACAGUACAGCACAUAGCUUAAAUGAUAAAAUAUUAUUAAUUAUUUAGCAUUUACCUCUUCGUAGUUGUUAUUGUAAUUGUAAACUCCAAAUGUCUUCUUCAGUCACCAGCUGUAUUUUGAGUAUUUGUAGAUGAUAUAGUUACAGCGAAAUGUAUUAAGAAAAUCAGGUUUUGGUUACAUUCAGAGCUAAGCUAAGGGAACGGAACCCCUUUUUCGUGGGACAGUCGAGCACCUCGCUUCUAACAUUUAAGCCAUUUAAGCUG